UUGACUUUUUCGUUGCACAAGUCUGUUGUGCACGGCAUGGACAAAAAAGAGAGAUUCUUGGUGAGUAUCACGCAGCGCCGAACACAGUCCCUACUUGAGAAUUAUGAGGCUUACACGCGCGAACUACAUUCUUUGUGUCAGAAUUUGAUCUCCCGAUUGGAAACCUCAACCGGAAAAGAACAGCUCACGUAUACAGAUCCUGGCCUGUUUGUGUGUGACCAGUCAUUUUCAGUAAUCACCGGCAUUCCGGCUAGAUACGCCCUGGCUGUUAGCGACUACACAAGCCAAACGCUGGUCAGUAAAUCAGAUGCUACGAAUUCGCCAUCUGUUUUGCGGCCUAUUAACUCACCUGAGAUAAAUUGUUCACGAAGCUACCAAAGUGAAGACUUGUCAUGUUCUGUUGAGUUGGCUCGAUUGGCUAGUUGCAAACGUCUGACUACUCUACUUGAUAUGAACUUUGCCACCGAUAAGGCUUCUUUGGAACAUCGGAUUGAACUGUUGUCGCGUUGGCUGCAGGAAGAAAACCUAUCUGAAGUGACCAGAUACAUCGAUGCGGAGUUCUUAUCAGGCUUCAGUAUCACCGUCAUCCUAAUACAACCUUCUCGUGUCAUUUCUACCUGUAGUGCAUUAUCAGACGUCGGGGAUGAUCUUGAGGAAGAUGAGGAACAUCUCGAGGCGCUCAAAGGUCAGUACGCAAAACUCGCUGGAGAGCUUGCCUACCUGGACACAUUGGAGAUAAAGCAAGCCCAAAUGGAUGUCAAGCGAACUCGACAAAAACAGUAUAUCGAUCGCCUUCAGAAAAUACUUGACGCAGUUGCGUUUGAGAACGCCUGGUUACGUCUCAUAACGGACCUCGUUCAACUUGAAGCGGAUUCGUGUCAGAAGCUUUCAGUGAAGUUGAAGGCCACACAAAAUAUCACAGAAUCCUUACUUUCAGAUUUUGAAAAGCUUUUGGUUCUCUUCUCCUCUUUCUCACGUUCAACAUCUCAAGUUGAACGUGACAGUCUUGCUCGACUGACGGCCAGCCAACACUUUGAAAACGCUGUUCGAGAAAUCCUCCGGAACUGCUCGUCGCCCCAACUUCUCCAGCGAUUAAAUGAUUCCACCAACUCUGAGGAGCUUCUUGUUUUGUUGGAUGAACUGAAGAGCGAGUUGGCUCAAGAUGAGGCCUCAUGUCACUCCUCCUCCAAUCUUAUGUUGAGUCACUCUCAGCGCCUCAUUGAACAGUUCAUGUCACUGACCGAGGCACUGUCUCUGCCCUCCACACUCGAACCCGACUUUGGCCGCUCCCAACCACAUUCAGAACGAGUCAGUGGAGAUCGACUUCGUGAAACGUUCACGGGGCUAUGUGCCUCCGAUGUCGUGGACUUUUUCACCGCUGCAUGUUCCCAUCUGGAUCAGCUAGCGAAUGAACUAAACUCUUUACGGGAACAGGCCAAUUUGGCAUUUUCCCUCUGAUUUACUGGAUCGUUUCUUGUGGUGUUCUCUGCUCACAGUUUUUCUCCCGGCAGAUUUAUCUAGAUGCAACGGACUUUGUUUUAAACGAAUGUUUCGUUAUUUUCAUGAUUUUUUUCGCUCUGUAUAGUCAAUGCUAUGUCGUGUCUGCCAGCACGAGGCGCCUGACAUUGUCCCAUAUCCCCUUUUCUAUGUACCUGCUCCAUGUACAGCCUAGGUUUUGCAAGAACGAUGUAACUUCCGGGGGUCACAAGAUCACAUGUAGUUUUCGUAGUUGCAAUCAAACAACUGG